AUUCCUUUCUCUCCCAUCUUCGGCACCUUUCACACGUCCCUAUAAAUUCUACAAGAAGCGCGCAGCAAGGAAUAGAGAAAGGGAAACACCUAGUCUUAUUGCCGUCCAGAUGUGUUGGGAGAAAUAAGAACGUAAUACAUUUUUUACAAGGAGAGAAUUUGGGAUUUUUGUUCGGUUGCAGUUUGAAAAACAAUGAGGAAAUGCGGGCUAAUACCACAAAUGAUAUUAUCAUCUGGACUGUUGGGUCACGUUGUCCCCAAUUGGAAAACAAGGUGGUUUGUUCUUCUCCAGGACAGGCUGCUCUAUUAUAAAGUUGUGGGAGGAAAGCAGGAGUCUUCUCCCAAGGGAAAGAUUUUUCUGGAUGGCUGUACGAUUACUUGCCCAUGUUUGGAAUAUGAGAACAGGCCGUUAGUUAUUAAGCUAAGGACAAAAACCAACACCGACUAUUUCCUUGACUGUUGCUCUCGAGAAGAGCGUGACAUUUGGGCUUUGGAUAUCACUGGCGCUAUUCAUGCUGGCAAUCCAGUGCAAGUUCAGCAACUUCACCUCAUGAGAAACUCCUUCAAACUUCCUACAAACAUCAGUCUGAAUCAUAUUGUGGACAAAAUGUAUGACAACAGCAGCGGAAUCAAGAUAACACCCAACACAGGACAAGGCAGCUUGUAUAAAGAAAGCUUUACAGGUUCCAUACUAGUAGACUGGUUGAUUUCCAAUAGCUUUGCAGCUUCCCGGCUUGAAGCAGUCACGCUGGCUUCUGUGCUGAUGGAUGAAAAUUUCAUUAAACCUAUGGGAGCUCGCAGCACUGAAGCCAUGAGGAAUGGAGAUUUGACUGAGCAAUUUUUAGAUGACUCUACUGCCUUGUAUGCAUUUGCUGAAAAUUAUAAGAAAAAAGUUAAUACUAAAGAACAUCUCAGUAUUAACAUACUUGAACUGAGUGGCACAAUUUUAAAGCAAGGCUUUUUGAUAAAACAGGGGCACAAGAGGAAGAACUGGAAAGUCAGGCGCUUUGUCCUGAGGUCUGAUCCUGCUUUCUUACACUAUUAUGACCCCACAAAGGAGGAUAACAAACCAGUGGGGGGAUUUUCUCUCCGUGGUUGCCUUGUUUCAGCACUGGAAGACAAUGGAGUCCCAACAGGAGUGAAAGGAAAUGUGCAGGGCAACCUCUUCAAAAUUAUUACAAAGAAUGACAUUCACUACUACAUACAGGCUAGCUCCAAGGCAGAAAGAGCUAACUGGAUUGAGGCCAUCAAGCCACUAACAUAGGAGAUGUACCAAAGUGCAUUUAUGGGACAGUAUAAUACCAUUUCUAGGACAUUAAAAGGGGCUGCUUUUUGAGAUUGCUGGCUGAGUUGUUUUAGCCUGGCAUGAUGUUAGCACCUGGCAGUGUCUAUUGUAUUUAGGCUUUUUCUCUGAAACAAGGAAGCCUAUGAUGACAUAUCCACUUCAUCAGAAGUUCUGCAAAUUUUGACAAUAUGAUAACAUGUUGAUUGCCUGGCACCAUUCUGCAGUUUGGCAUAUGCUAUCUCAUACCUCCAUCUGAAACAGACCUAAAUUGGCUACUGAGGAGAAACUAGCAAAACCAACAUCCUGGAACCAAAUCUGGCCCUUUCAAAAUGAUUUAAUGCAAAUUCCUUAAUCUACUGUAUGUUUUUAUAUGUCUCUAUACUUGCAGAUCCUAUUUCACUAGUGGGAAGUUUCAGGGAUUACAACAUUAUUUAGGAAGGUGCUGGAGGCAAGAAUGUUGCUGUGAUACAAGAAAGCUUAGUAUUUACAUAUUAAGACAGGGAGAAAUUCACCAUAUUAAUAUUACCAUAUUACCAUUUCUGACUUAUAGUGCUCUGGAUAUCCUGAGACAACAAAAUUGCUUUUUGCCUCCUGUUCAUAUCCAGUCCCAGCAUGAUUUUGAAUCAAUUAUGUUGUCAGUCUAACCUGUCCUACAGGAUUCCUGUAAUGAUAAAAAUAGAGAUGAACUGAACAGCUAUCGGGGACUACAUUAUUUGGAAAAGGGACAUUUCUGUGAAAUAUACUGGGAUGAGAAGUCUCACGUGCUGAACAUACAGUGUAGCCCACACUGCUGCUGUUCUCAUAGGGUGGAAGAGGAAAAAUGUCUUAAGACAAAAUGCAUAUUUAUAAUCUGAGCAUAAGGCAUGCAAAUACUUAGAACUGGUGUUAGAAAGAUCAGUUAUGUUUUUACCAUCACCACUGUGAUGGUGGACUCCAGAUGCUGCCAUGUUUCAUUCCCCCCCUCCAUCCCAACUCUUCAUUGUAUAUUAUCCUGCAUGAGUGUAAACACUGAAUAGUGAUUUAGAUGUUUGUAUUUUUAUUUAAAAAAUAAACCAAUUUUUUACUCUCGUA